ACGAAGAGCAUCGCGAUCCCUUGCGCCGCUGUCUUAGCCUACUCCAGCGUCGCCGACGAGCGCCCUCCUCUCCACUAUUUGUCAAGUCCUUUUCUUGACUCAUGGUUUUUGUGCACGCUGUGGGUCGUCGUUGGUGGGCUGAAGAAGAUCUCCGCAACCGAAAGUGGCUCCGAAGGUGCACCGCACCCGAGUGUCGAUUCCCUUCUCCCAGCUUUGAAAAGUCGACGCCUUGGCACGCCAACCACUACUCUUCAACGAUCGAGCCAAUCCUCCAUCGGGAACCUCUUCGUUCUCAUCCUUCAACUUCCAUCUAACCACGAUAGGAUCUUGGGUUAGGAAGGGAAAAUGUCUGGAGGAACGCAGCCUAGCUUAAGGAAGUACUUGGGAGCCAUUAAAGACACCACCACGGUCAGCUUGGCUAAAGUGAACAGUGACUACAAGGAAUUGGAUAUUGCCAUUGUGAGGGCUACAAACCAUGUAGAGCGUCCUUCCAAGGAGAAGCACAUACGAGUUAUCUUCAGUGCUAUUUCAGCUGCCAGACCUCGGGCAGAUGUGGCCUAUUGCAUUCAUGCUCUUGCAAGACGUCUUACCAAAACACAAAAUUGGGCGGUUGCAUUGAAAACUUUGCUUGUCAUACAUCGUGCAUUGAGGGAAGUUGAUCCCACAUUUCGUGAAGAACUCAUCAAUUAUGGGAGAAGCAGAAAUCAGAUGUUGAAUAUGUCCCACUUUAAAGAUGAUUCCAGUGCAUAUGCUUGGGAUUAUUCUGCAUGGGUGCGUACUUAUGCUCUAUAUUUAGAAGAGAGGCUUGAGUGUUUCCGGAUUCUCAAGUAUGAUGUUGAGUCAGAUCCUCCGAGAACUAAGGAUCUGGGAACUGCAGAGUUGCUUGAGCAAUUGCCAUCAUUGCAACAACUGUUACAUCGCCUACUUGGCUGUGAGCCACUUGGAGCAUCUCGUCAUAAUAUCAUAAUCCAUCUUGCACUUACUAUGGUUGCUUCAGAGAGUAUUAAGAUCUACGUUUCAAUUAGUGAUGGAAUAAUAAAUAUGGUCGACAAGUUCUUUGAGAUGCAGAGACAUGAUGCAGUUAGGGCACUUGAUAUAUACAGAAGAGCAGGUCAGCAGGGUGAACGACUAUCAGAAUUUUAUGAAGUAUGCAAAAGCAUGGAUGUCAGACGAGGAGAGAAAUUUUUAAAAAUUGAACAGCCCCCUGCAUCAUUUCUAACAACAAUGGAGGAAUAUAUCAGAGAUGCUCCACGAGCUUCAACAGUUCGAAAGGAUCAGGCGAGAGAUAAUGGCACAACCCAAGUAAUAUUAGCAAUUGAGUACAAGAAGGACCUUGAACAGGAAGAAGCAGCACCUUCCCCCCCUCCCCCUCCACCAACAGAACCAGUUAAAAUUGAAGUCCCUGCACCGGAGAAACCGAAAGAAACAGAUUUACUGGGAUUAAGAGAUCCUGCUCCGGAAGCAUUCGACCUGGAUAAUAAGAACGCCAUGGCACUUGCCAUUGUUCCAGUUGUCGCAGAUAAUGUUUCUAGCUCUGCUACCACUAGGGGCUUGAAUCCAGAUAAUGGAGUUACUGGCUGGGAAUUGGCACUCGUUACAGCUCCCAGCUCAAAUGAGACCGCCGUAGCUUCAAGCAAAUUGGCCGGAGGGCUAGACAAGCUCAUACUAGACAGCUUAUAUGACGACGCAGAGAGAAGAGCGAGCCAGAACGUCAGCUACAACCCAUGGGAGAUGGGUCCCAUGAUGCAACAACCGGUAGCUCACGACCCAUUCUACGCCUCGAAUGCAAUUGCUGCGCCACACUUGGUGCAGAUGGCAGCUAUGGCACAGCAACAGCAAGCUUUCUUGGUGCAGCAGCAGCAAAUGAUGACGAUGAUGAUGGGAGGGCAGCAGCAGCAGCAGCUGCCUCUCCAUCCAACCAUCAACCCUUUUGCCAAUCCAUAUGGAGACGUUCCGAGUGUGCCUGUUCAUCAACCUUCCAGGGGUUACAACGGCCUCAUCUAGAUGAGAUGAGAUUUUUUUUUCCCCUUUUCUUUUUUGAGAUAUCUUUUGUAAUUUGAUGAUCAUAAGAUUCACUGUCGAUAGUGCUUGAAUGCAAUAUUCAAGUGAUGUUUCGGGUGAUUAUCUUGAUUUAUUUUUAGGAAUAUGGAGUGGAGAUCUGUGUUGUAUGUAAUAAUAAAGAAUUAUUUUUGUAUUUUUA